GGGUCUCAUGAAAGCGGGGGAGUGAGGGUGGGACCGAGAGCGGUGGGGGGUAGGUGUCAGUAAAUGCGGCCCUCGGGCCAAUGUACUAGUCCUCAUGUGGCCCUCAUGGUCAUUUGAGUUUGAGACCCCUGGUCUAGAUCCAUCCUCUUUGGAACCCCCUUUCAGGUAGUUGAAAGAAGCUAUCAAAUCCCCCCUCAUUCUUCUCUUCUGCAAACUAAACAAUCCCAGUUCCCUCAGCUUCUCCUCAUAAGUCAUUUGCUCCAGCCCCCUAAUCAUUUUUGUUGCCCUCCACUGGACUCUUUCCAAUUUUUCCACAUCCUUCUUGUAAUGUGAGGCCGAAAACUGGACACAGUACUCCAGAUGAGGCCUCACCAAUGCUAAAUAGAGGGGAAUGAUCAAACCUCCUAAUGACUUAGCAUAAAAUAUCUUUCUGAAAGGUUUUAUUGUACAUCUUCAGAUGCUGAGAGAUAUAAUAAUUAGUCUUGAAGGCUAGUGGGUAGUAUGGAGCAUUUUUGUCAAACAAAUAGCAAAUCUUUGCUACCCAGGUCCCAACUGCAAACAAGCAAUAUCAUUAUUACCCAUUAAUUAGGAAAUGGGAGAGUACUAUGCAUUUAUGAAAAAAUUAAUAAUUUCUCUGACUUAUAAUGACUCAUUUCAUGAUUUUCCAUCUAAAAAGUGUUAGUUUUAAAUUUUCUAUUUUUUCUAUGUAUUCCUGGAUAUAGGGAUGAUCACACUCACAAUUGCGUUUGUUUCUACAUUAAUCACUACAGAUAGUUUCAAAUAAAGCAAGUUUUCAAGGACAUAUUGCUCAGGUAUGCCAAAUUCUGAGAACAGAUUAAAAAGAAUUUCUAAGGACUUUGGUUAUUUCUUAGAUUUACGUUAACAAUGUUUUACAAACAUCACUGGAAUACCCAGGUUUAGACAGUUUUUUAGUAACUUCUGUCAGUUAAUGGUAAGUGAAGAGAGUCUAUGGACCUCAGAGUGUUUAAUAUUUAAUGUUGAUUAGUGGAUUAGUACUUGCAAGCAUUCAGCAUAAAGCAAAGCCUCUUUGAAAUAUAAUGAAACUUAAAAAUGGCUAAAAAAUUAUCGACAGACAUCCAAUCAAACUCACAGUUAUUCUAUCAUAGCCAUCAACGCUAAGCUUUUGACAUAUCAAUCAAUGUGAUACUAUGAAAGACUGAUUAAAGCUUAUCAUAUCAUAAUUCAUUUUUUGACACAUGAAACAAAUUCUGGACAGAUUAAUUGAAAAAGGCUGUGUUACUAUCUUGAAUAUUCAGCUCCCAAACAGUGUUCAAUAUUCUUUUGUAAUUAAUUAAUAAAAUGAUGAACAUUCUGCAUGACAGUUUGCACCUGUACCUUAUAAGGAAUGAAAAUAAAAUAUCCAUACAAACUCGAAUAACAUUUUGAGCUUGUUAGCGUUUCCAUGAGUACUAAAGAUAAAUAAGCUGAAAAUGACAAGGCAAACCUGUUCUUUCACUUGCAGCUUCCACAUGCCAUAGAAUAUAGGAUUGCUUCAGAAAAGACUCUGAAACAAUCCAUUGGACUACACAGGGGCUUUGUGUUUGCAAAUUCAGGGCCCUAAUUUUGCAGUUAGUCUAUGUCUGAGGGGAAACUGGGUAAAGAAUCCUCUUUCUUCUCUUCACUCUUGAAAGUAUUUGAAGUAAUUCAUGAAUCAAACCCCCACAUUUUUAUUAUUUAAAUAGCAAAAGUCCCAGCUAGAGCAAGUACUGUAUUUGCUUAUAUUAUGGAAAACAAUUUUAAUUAGUUCAUUUUUAGAAGCAUUUGCUACAAGGAAAUAGAGCUAGGUACUUUUAUUGGCUAUUAAAAGUUAAAUAAUUCCUUUUUACAACUUUUACCCCAAAGAUAGUGAAUGGUUUAAGACAGAUGUUGGAAAUAAUCUCGUGGUUUGUUUGCCAUCUUUCCCAGAUAAACUGUACAUUUAAUUCUUCAUCUAAAUAGCUGGAUGAUUUACAAUUCUCUUCGUUAAUGCCUCUAUCGUUCUCUUCAUAGCAAUUAAUGCACCUUUCCAGGGGUCUAUUUUAAUUAGUAUGAGAACAAGAAAAAGCAAAAUUAGCUUGUAAAAUAACGCUCCUUUUUUCUGUUUUUUAUUCCCACCUCGGUUUUCGAAUAAUAAAGGCAGAUCGGAAGGUGGUACGAUGACCUAAUUUUGGCAGCUGGCCCAGCAGAGGGAGAAAAUGUUCUCUCGGCUCCACCCCAAACAAGGCACAGGCAUUGGUCACUUUCGUCAAGUGCCCUCUCCUUCCAAGUUACUCUCGGGACGUGCUGCCUCAGGUAUCCUGAAUAACAGGUAAGUCACUUUCCCUUUCUGCUGCAGAAUAUCGGACAGAGAAGACCGGGGCGCGCUCUGCGAUGUGAGGGGGUCCAGCAGGCGCCGGCGGGGAGCCCGGGGGCUGGGGGGUUGGGUGCGGGGCGCGGGCUGAUGGCUUUUCCCCACGCACGCCGGAGGCGGUCGGGCAGGCUGGGAGGCGAGGAGCGGCACCCGAGCAGCAGCUUGGCCACGAGCGAGCUCGGCGGCGAGCUGCGAUGGUGCUGAACGCGGGGAGGCCCCUGCCCGUCCUGCGCUGGUUGUUGCUGAAAUUGUUAUGCUGGGGUUGGCUGACUUCUUGCUCAUGUACUUCUGUCCCAGCAUGCAGUGGAAUAGUGACAUCUGUAUCACAGCUCCUCAGCACUGGAGAAUGGAAUCUUCCUAUGAUUAAAAGCUGGUGUAAAUGAGGGCUGCUGCCUCCCAGACCAAGAUAACCUGCUCAGUCAGCUGGAGCCCCCUGUGGACAGCUGUCUCUCUCAGCUGAUGGAAAACUGCUACUAACCACUGAAUGGAAGAGAGUGGAGCAACAACCACAGUAGUAGCUGCAGCAGUAGCAGUAAUAGCAGCAGCAACCGAGGUCUCUAUUGUUCCUUGGUGUUAAACAGUUUUUCCUUUUCAGCUGACAUGCACAAUAGCUGGGAAGAGGUUUCCAUUCUGCCCUCUCUAUGAAGAAAUUCUGAAAGGGAGAAAAUUACUCAAACAAGGGUUACCCUUUGUGCUGCAGAUUUUGACACUGAAGCAGCCUUCUGAAGGCAUGGGGGUGAGAGAGGGAGGCACAGUUUUAUCCGGUGGUCCAGGGGCUUCUGCUGUUUCAAUCCGGUGUGUUGGAGUUCUUGUGGUUCUUCUGUUUGGAAUCUGGGAAGCUAAAGCACAAAAUGAAUUUGAAACUUCUUCUGUAUAUUUGUGGAAGACUGGUCCAUGGGGAAGAUGUAUGGGAGAUGAAUGUGGUCCAGGUGGUAUCCAAACACGGGCAGUAUGGUGUGCUCAUGUGGAAGGAUGGACAACGCUGCCCACAAAUUGUAAACAGAUAGAGAGGCCUGAGAACCAACAGAACUGUUUCAGGGUUUGUGACUGGCACAAAGAACUGUAUGAUUGGCAGUUGGGCAACUGGAAUCAGUGCCAGCCAGUUAUUUCAAGGAAUCUUGAAAAACCAGUGGAAUGCAUCAAAGGAGAAGAAGGAAUCCAGAUGAGAGACGUAACUUGUGUCCAAAAAUCAAAUGGGGUUUCUGCUGAGGAUGUCAUAUGCGAGUACUUUGAACCAAAGCCACGCCUGGAACAGGCAUGCCUCAUCCCUUGCCGCCAGGACUGUAUUGUGGCAGAGUUCUCCCCCUGGUCAGAAUGUUCCAAGACUUGUGGCAAUGGGCUUCAGCAUCGGACUCGUCACAUUGUUGCUCCACCUCAGUUUGGUGGCUCUGCUUGCCCUAACCUGACUGAAUUUCAGAUCUGUCACUCUACCCCAUGUACUACUGAAGAAAGCUUGCACAGCCUGAAUGUGGGAUCCUGGAGUACAUGCUCAAUGCCCCACUCAAGACAUAUAAGGCAAGCAAGGAAACGAGGGAAGAACAAAGAAAAGGAGAAGGACAGAGAAAAAGGAGUACGGGAUCCUGAAGCUCGGGAGCUUAUUAAGAAAAAGAGGAAUCGAAAUAGACAGAACAGACAAGAGAACAAAUAUUGGGACAUACAGAUUGGAUAUCAGACCCGGCAGGUUACAUGUACUCACAAAAAUGGAAAAACUGCUGCCUUGAGCUUUUGCCAACAAGACAAGUUGCCAAUUACCUUCCAGUCCUGUGUGAUCACUAAGGAGUGCCAGGUGUCAGAGUGGUCUGAGUGGAGCCCCUGUUCUAAAACAUGUUUUGAUAUGACAUCCCCUAAAGGAAAUCGUACAAGAACACGGACCAUUAAGCAGUUUCCUAUCGGCAGUGAAAGUGAAUGCCCAGAGCUAGAAGAAAUAGAGCAAUGUAGCUCUCAAGGAGAUGGUGUGGCACCGUGUGUUACGUAUGGCUGGAGAACCACAGAGUGGACAGAAUGUCGUGUUGACCCUUUACUUAGCCAACAGGACAAAAGACGAGGGAAUCAGACAGCUCUGUGUGGAGGUGGAAUUCAAACCCGUGAGGUGUACUGUGUGCAAGCUAAUGAAAAUCUCCUCUCCUAUUUAAAUACCCUCAAGGAAAAAGAAGCUUCCAAGCCUGUGGAUCGGAAACUGUGCACAGGACCUGUACCUAGCACCACUCAAUUGUGCCAUAUCCCUUGUCCAAUAGAAUGUGAAGUGUCAGCUUGGUCUGCUUGGGGACCAUGCACCUAUGAAAGCUGUGAAGACCAGCAAGCCAAAAAGGGUUUUAAGUUAAGGAAGCGGUCCAUCACAAAUGAACCUACAGGAGGCACUGGAGGGACAGGAAAUUGCCCUCAUUUGCUUGAAGCUAUCCCGUGUGAGGAGCCCUCUUGCUAUGACUGGCGAAUAGUGAGACUAGAAGAGUGCAUACCAGACAAUGAGAAGCAGUGUGGGCCUGGCUCUCAAGUUCCAGAGGUGGUCUGUAUCAACAGUGAUGGAGAAGAGGUUGACAGACAGCUGUGUAGAGAUGCUAUCUAUCCAAUUCCCAUUGUCUGUGAAGUUCCAUGCCCAAAGGAUUGUGUACUCAGCAUGUGGUCUGGAUGGUCCUCCUGCUCUCACACCUGCUCAGGCAAAACCACAGAAGGAAAACAGAUGCGAGCCCGCUCUAUUCUGGCAUAUGCAGGUGAAGGAGGCAUUCAGUGCCCAAACAGUAGUGCACUUCAGGAAGCACGCAGCUGUAAUGAACACCCUUGCACUGUGUACCACUGGCAGACUGGGCCCUGGGGCCAGUGUAUAGAAGAUGUCUCUGUGUCUACUUUCAACUCAUCUACCAGUUGGAAUGGGGAGGCCACCUGUGCUGUUGGGAUGCAAACAAGAAAAGUCAUCUGUGUGAGGGUCAACGUGGGACAAGUGGGACCAAAAAAAUGUCCUGAAAGCCUUCGACCAGAAACAGUGAGGCCUUGUUUGCUUCCUUGUAGGAAAGACUGUAUUGUGACUCCAUACAGUGACUGGACAUUGUGUUCUUCCCCAUGUCAAGAAGGGGAUGUCACAGUAAAGGAACAGUCUCGCCAUCGAGUCAUCCUCCAGCUCCCUGCAAAUGGUGGCCGUGACUGCCCAGACACGUUAUAUGAGGAAAAGGAAUGUGAGGCUCCUCCUGUGUGCUAUACUUACAGGUGGAAGACCCACAAAUGGCGCAGAUGCCAGCUGGUACCAUGGUAUGUUCGCCAGGACAGCCCAGGUGCCCAUGAGACAUGUGGGCCUGGACUGCAAGCAAGAGCAAUUACUUGUCGUAGACAAGAUGGAGGACCGGCUGACAUCAGUGAGUGCCUUAAAUAUGCAGGCCCUUUACCAACAUUAACACAGGCCUGCCAGAUUCCUUGCCAAGAUGACUGUCAGUUCACAAUCUGGUCAAAGUUUUCUUCCUGCAAUGGGGACUGUGGAGCAGUCAGGACGAGAAAGCGCUCUCUUGUUGGAAAAAGUAAGAAGAGGGACAAGUGCAAAAAUUCCCAGUUGUAUCCUCUGAUCGAGACUCAAUUUUGUCCUUGUGACAAGUACAACGCUCAGCCUGUGGGGAACUGGUCAGACUGCAUUUUACCAGAGGGCAAAGUGGAAGUAUUACUUGGAAUGAAAGUACAAGGAGAUAUCAAGGAAUGUGGGCAAGGCUAUCGUUACCAGGCCAUGGCAUGCUAUGAUCAAAACAGUCGGCUCGUGGAAACAGCACGAUGCAACAGUCACGGUUACAUUGAGGAAGCCUGCAUUAUUCCAUGCCCCUCAGACUGCAAGCUCAGUGAAUGGUCCAAUUGGUCUCGCUGUAGUAAAUCCUGUGGGAGCGGGGUAAAGGUUAGGUCUAAAUGGCUCCGUGAAAAACCUUACAAUGGUGGAAGACCCUGCCCCAAGCUGGAUCAUGUCAAUCAGGCUCAGGUAUAUGAGGUGGUCCCAUGCCACAGUGACUGCAGCCAGUACAUAUGGGUUACAGAACCCUGGAGCGUCUGCAAAGUGACCAAUGUUGACUUAAAGGAGAACUGUGGAGAAGGUGUGCAAACCAGGAAAGUGAGGUGCAUGCAAAACACAGUGGAUGGUCCUUCUGACACUGUUGAGGACUACCUGUGUGACCCUGAAGAGAUGCCUCUUGGUGCUAGAAGAUGCACAUUGCCAUGCCCUGAAGACUGUGUUAUGUCUGAAUGGGGCCAGUGGUCUAGAUGUUCCUUGCCCUGCAACGGAAGUAAUGUGCGUGAAAGGUCAGCGGAGCCCCUAAGACAACCUGAUGAAGGAAAGGCUUGUCCUGCCUCCACUGAGACAGAACCUUGCAGUCUGAACAAAAACUGUUACCACUAUGAUUACAAUGUGACAGACUGGAGUACGUGUCAGCUCAGCGAGAAGGCAGUCUGUGGUAAUGGCAUCAAAACAAGAAUGCUAGAUUGUGUUCGCAGUGAUGGCAAAUCAGUUGACCUGAAGUAUUGUGAAGUGCUUGGCUUGGAGAAGACGUGGCAGAUGAAUACUUCCUGUGUGGUGGAAUGUCCUGUGAACUGUCAGCUUUCUGACUGGUCUCCAUGGUCUGAGUGUUCUCAAACAUGUGGCCUUACAGGAAAGAUGAUACGAAGGAGGACAGUAAAUCAGCCUUUCCAGGGCGAUGGAAGACCUUGUCCAUCUCAGAUAGAGCAAUUCAAACCCUGCCCAGUAAAACCUUGUUAUCGAUGGCAGUAUGGCCAUUGGGCUGAAUGCAAAGUUGAGGAUGCUCAGUGUGGAGAGGGGACAAGAGUCAGGAAUAUUUCAUGUGUGGUCUAUGAUGGAUCUACUGAAGAUGUUGGCAAAAUAGUAGAUGAGGAAUUCUGUGGAGAAAUUGAGCCUGUUAUUGAUGGCAAUAAGAAGAUGGUACUUGAGGAAACCUGCACCCUUCCUUGUCCAGGUGAUUGUUACUUGAAAGAGUGGUCAGAAUGGAGCCUUUGUCAGCUGACUUGUGUCAAUGGAGAAGAUCUUGGUUUUGGAGGGAUACAAGUCCGAUCCCGGGCAGUGAUCAUUCAGGAAUUAGAGAACCAACACCUCUGUCCAGAACAGGCUUUGGAAACAAGAUCAUGUAACGAUGGUCAGUGUCACGAAUACAAGUGGAUGGCUAGCCCAUGGAAGGGGUCUUCUCGGACAGUAUGGUGCCAAAGAUCAGAUGGAUUAAAUGUUACAGGGGGCUGUUUAGUGAUGCGCCAACCAGAUGCUGACAGGUCAUGUAACCCACCGUGCAGUCAACCCCAUUCUUACUGUAGCGAGACUAGAACGUGUGGUUGUGAAGAAGGGUACACUGAAGUAAUGUCCUCUGAUGGCACACUCGAGGAGUGCACACUCAUCCCUGUGGUAGCGAUCCCCACUAUGGAGGACAAAAAAGGAGAUGUGAAAACCAGUCGAGCUGUGAACCCCACCCAGCCAUCCAGUAACCAGUCAGGACGAGGAAGGACCUGGUUUCUGCAGCCUUUCGGGCCAGAUGGGAGGCUGAAGACCUGGGUAUAUGGCGUAGCUGCUGGCGCAUUUGUUUUACUCAUCUUUAUUGUUUCUAUGAUCUAUCUAGCCUGCAAAAAGCCAAAGAAACCCCAGAGAAGGCAGAACAAUCGGCUGAAACCUUUAACACUGGCUUAUGACGGAGAUGCAGAUAUGUAAAAUAUAACUUUCCAUUGCAACAACUGGAUUCUACAUUGCUGGGUUGAAAUCAGAGGGUGUCCAAAGGCACAGGGGCAUGCUACAGAGUGGAUUUUAGGCAUUUUUUGUUUGUUUUCUAAGAACUGCACCAUAAAACAAAGAAGAAUGGCUUUCAUAAUGCCCAUGGAUAUUCAAGGCAUUAUUGCUUUAUUCUAAGCCAUGAGCACAGAGAAUUCUGGCAGAUUGGAAACAUUAAUGUGGUUUUUUGAAACUGUCAAAACCACCUCAGUCUCCAAACCACUGUGGCUGACUUAGUAUUCACAGUUGAGAGCCCUGAUGCCAGACUUACCUUCACCAUUAACCAAGUAUAAUCACUGAGCAUGAAGAGUUUGAACCAAGCUGUCUAUAACUCUUUAUAUUCAAGCAUAACAUAUAUACUCAGUUGAAGCAUAUGUAUUAUUCUGUCAAAUUAUAUACUUGUUAAAGAGCAUUUUAGCGCUUAAUAAGAUGUUAACUGAGAAGAUUGAACAAGUUCAGGAUCUUGGCAAUUGUGUAGCUUGUGUUAACCUGCAUUUCAGAGGGCAAAGAUUCUCUUGCAAGACUGUUCUAUUAUCACUCCAAAGUAUCAAUGCCUCAUAUACACAAGUAUCUAGGAAGGAAACAUCCUCAGAUUCAGUAUUUUAUAGUGAUUACUGUCUGGAAAAAUGAAUACCUGGUGUAAAAGUUACAAUAUGUUUCUACUUUCUCUAAUUCUCAAACUGUUGCCUGCAUCUUUUUUGCUACAUGUAAGGCAAAUUUUUGCACUAUAUUAGUGCAGCAUGAUAUGCACUUAACUAGUAUUGCCAUAGAAACUGCCUCUUUUCAAAAUGGAUGAUGAUGCAUCUUGUGCCAGGAGUGUCAAGUAGGCAUUUAAGUUCUUGAAUCCUGAAGAGAGUAGAGUUCAGCUUGGACUGUGACUGGAUGGAAUCAGCUAAUACAUGUACUGUAUACACUGUUUCUCAUCACAGCAGCCAUUUUGUAGUCUAUAUCAUGGCAGUAAUAUAAGUGUCUAGUUUCUUGCCCCAUCUACUUAUACAAAUGUAGAUUCUCCAGUUGGUUUCUAAUUGUACUUUGAAGGCUGUUUAUGACUAGAUUUUUUAUAUUUGUUAACUUUGUUAAAAAAAAAAAAGAAAAGAAAAGUGGUUGCCCUCUCAUCUUGAGUGAAAUAUUCUGAUUAUUUGUUCAGCUAAAAAGAAGAAAACGUGUUGCUUAUUUUUCCUCUCACUAGCAAAAUAAUUGCCAUUGUGGCUGCCGAUGCAAAACUUUCCAUUUAGUUAGGAUAACUGGAUGUAAUCUAUACCUUUAAUUAUUCAGCUAAACUCUUAAAAGUACUGGUUAAUGAAGGAUAUCAAAAUAUUUGCCUCACUAAACAGUCAGAUAACUUUUUCUCAACUCUGGUAGUAUAACAGUUCAUUGCCACUCAUUUCUUUACCCUAGUCCAUCCCUAUAGCUUUUCACUGUUAUGCUUCCAAAAUGAAGCAUGUUGUACUACCAUUGUAUCUACCUACACCUGUCACAGACAGGACUCAUAACCCGAGAGGGCUUACACUACCAGAGUGGCUUCUAGAUGUAGCCUAAAAGAAAAAUAUAAAUGACUGUGCUAUUACCAAGCAAUAUAAUGACAAGACUUUAUCACGCAACCUUUCAAAAAAAUGGUUGUCUAAAGUUCAGUAUUUCUCAGAUCUUUUAAUAACCUCCACCAUUCCUGUGCACCACUCCCAAGCACCAGUUUUUGUACAGCCAGUAAAACUACACACUUUGCCAACUUUGGGCUGGCUCGUGUGUCCACUGAAAUUAAUGGGCGGCAUGAGUCCUUAUUCCACGUCAAAUUAUCAUUGAAAUCAGUGUGUUUUGUUCAAAAAUCAAAAGUAGAAUAUGGUAAUACCCGUGUUUUGAUAUCACACUAUGAUAUCUUCUCCUAAUGCAUAGGUAAGAUGAGAAGAACAGAUGAGUGUGUCAAUUAGCAAUAGGCAUUUGUGCAGGUUCAAUUUCAGACCUUACACCCUAAUCCUGCAACUCGUUGGUGGACUGCCAGACCUGCCCAACACUCCACAGAACUCAAUAUGGCUCCUUGCUGCAGGAGCAGUAGUUCACUUACAUACAACAAGUUGCAAGAUUGAGGCUUUAAUCUUACGUCAUUUCAUACAGACCUUAGGGCAAAAAAAAAAAAACUGUAUGUACAAAGUUAAGUUCUUUGAAGUGUUUGAGUGAGAAACAAUAAAAAGUUAGUUCUUUCUUUAUCAGACAGACAAAAAAAAUGGACAGUGGGAAAGUUAUCAAAUUGCAAAUAAAACUUUAAAAAUAUGAUGAUUAAACUUGGUCAUGGAUUAAUUAAUUACCUUUGGAAGCCCAUUUCUGGGUGUUGAAUUGUUUCAGGCUAACAUCUCUGUCCGUGCGGAUAAGUGAAGAAGGUUCUUAAACUGGCAACAAGUUACCACUAUUAGUUACACUGGCUAGUCUUUUAGCAGGAGCUCCACUGUAGCGCUCACCAUGAAGCCUGUGUGACCUGAACACCCAAAACUUCACAAUUAACUUCCAAUUAAAGGUUUGCUAUCAUUUGUUGCUCCCCAUAUAAAAUUACUAUUGCUAAAACACAGACAAAGAAUGGGUGUUUGGCUUUUACAAUCCAUACAAGUAUUUUAUGAGAAGAAAAUCAAGAGCUGGUACAGAUCCGCAAUUGUAUUAAAUUCUGUGUUUCAUAAAACUUGAGCCAGAAUAGCCUAUUCUUUCUUUAUGAAGAAAAGCAUUAUUUUAAAAAGAUGUUUAGGAUAUGAGAAGAGUUGUAAGUCUUUAAAUCUAACAGUUGCAAAAGGUGGUCAAGUCCUAUAACUAUGAAACAGUUAAAAACAAACAAAAAGUUUCAUAUAGAAUGAAGAGUAAUUUGCUUUAAAAACCAGAGUGCUUCUACAAAUCCAGUGCCUAAAGCAGCCACUACUGUAGUUUGUUAGUUUGUGAAAGUAAUGUUUCCAGUGAUCAAGUGUCUCUAAACCAUUCAGAAAAUAGCUGAGUAGAUAUUUUCUUGUUGGUAUGGUGGUUUGUAAUUUCCUUUAAAAUCUGUAGUUUCUAGAUUACUGUGUCUGCUUUGAGUCCUGGAGCAGUUUAUUUUCAAAGCUUUGCUGAUACUGCACAAGCUUCUGUAUGUUUGCUACAAUGCACCCAUUUUAAAAUUCCCUUUCUGCCACCAAAGUAAUAACGUCCAUUUUCCAAUUUAACAAUCUGAAAAGACCCACUUAAAUACUUUGUAUAAAUCACUGUAAAAUAUACCUUGGAUGAAACUGAAAUCUUUUACCUUUAUGUAAAUCAUGCUCACCCAAAGUUAAGAGUUUAUUUUGCCUAACUUAAUUUACUUGAAGAUUUAUUUUGUAGAAUAAGGAGGCAGCUGUCUGAGGAAUGUUUACUUUUUUUGGUUAAUGUUAAUUUGUAAAUUGUGUAAUGCAUUUUUAUUUUUUAAAUUAUGUAUAUUCUUUUUUAAUGCACAAAAUGUUUACGUACAACUACUGCAAAUUUGUGUAUAUUGUCACUAAGCUUUAUUCAGUUAAUAUAGAUGGCAUGUGAAAAUGUAACAAGACUUACAUUUUCAUAUGGGUUAUUUUUAUGUAACUGAUGUAUUGCUGACAAUAAAUAUAAACACAAUCAUU